AUGGAAGCCAUUGCAAAAUUUGACUUUAAAGCAUCAGGAGAGGAUGAGCUAAGUUUUCAGGCACAAGAUGUUCUGAAGAUCUUAAGCUCUCAGGAAAAUUGGUACAGAGCUGAGUUGAAGAAUUAUGAGGGAUAUGUCCCAAAGAAUUAUAUUGAUUUUCAGAUUCCUGGCUGGUUCCAAGAGACAGUAUCCCGUCACAUGGCUGAGACGAUGCUCAGGGAUAAAGGAGUUGGUGCUUUCAUAGUCCGAGCUAGUCAGAACUCCCCAGGAGAUUUCUCUAUCUCUGUCAGGCAUGAAGAGGAUGUCCAGCAUUUUAAAGUGAUGAAGGAUACAAACAACAAUUAUUUUCUAUGGAGUGAAAAGUUUCAAUCACUAAACAAACUUGUGGAGUAUUACAAGAAUGUUUCUAUCUCCAAAAACAAACAGAUAUUUCUGAGAGAAGACAUCAAGAAAGGAUCACAAGUAAACCUUAGAGAG